UCACCAAUCGCAUGAGGCUGCGGAGACGAAUCUCAUGGUGAACCUGAAGACUAGGACGAUACAUACUAUCUUCUUGAUUGUGCAGGGAUCAAUGUGUCACUGAGAUGGCUAUCUCGCUGCCAUUUCUGGUAGAUGACUAGCAGGGCCGACCCGCGAUAUUAUUGUCUCUGGUCAUGAGGGACAUACGAAUCGUUCGUGGAUAUGACCAUUGUGCUACCACCUCAAUGCGCAUUCCUCAUGUAGCAACGGAUCGACACGAGACCCACGGACUGAAGAACGAACCAUCGGGGUGCCAUUCUCUUGAAGCGCGAAGCAGGCCCCAAAUGAAUGAGUUGCACGGACAUAUAUUCGUAAUUGAAGUCAUGGGGCGGAUUCAGUGUCAUUGCGAAGAACGCAGCGUACCCGUAAUAGAAGACGCGCGCUCCAGCCAGCCGAGCAGAACGCUAACGAGUUUCUCUACGUCAAUCAGGAAUGGCUACGGCUUAUCCUGGAAUGACAGAUGUCAUUCAUGAGCUACAGCUUCGGGAUCACGCGCGUAUUGAGAGAGGCUAUUACAGUCGACGGCCCAGGGAAGGCGUUCUAGUAUUGUCUCUCGCAGCCCGGGUGCAGCUACUUCUUUGCGCA